UUAACGACGAAAUUGAUAACGUAACGUGUUUGGUUAUGUCAUUCCUCGAGAAUCUCUUGCUAUCCCAUCUUCUUAAUUUCAUUCACAGAGAUUUUCAUGAAGUCUUUGAGGAAAUGACUCUAAUCAACAAAUUUUUGUUUCUGAUGGUCCAUUUCGUUGAUAAAUUGAACUUUUGGCACCGGCUGCCGGUGUUCCUGGGGCUAGCUUAUCUUGGAGCGCGGCGACGUCUUCACCAGCAAUAUAAUUUGAUCAACGUCGGUACAACACAUACCGGAAAUUCGGGGGAUUACCCUUAUAGAACUGCCGAUGGAAAAUAUAACGACCCUUUCAAUGAAAAUGCAGGCAGUGAAUUUUCCUUCUUUGGGAGGAAUAUGAUGCCUGUUCAUCAGCUUAACAAGUUAAAGAAGCCAGAUCCAAUGGUAGUAGCAACGAAGCUACUAGCACGUAGAAAAUUCAUAGACACUGGAAAACAACUUAACAUAAUAGCUGCAUCUUGGAUACAAUUUAUGAUUCAUGAUUGGAUCGAUCAUAUGGAAGACACUAACCAGAUGAAACUUGAUGCACCUAAAGAUGUUGCAAGUCAGUGCCCUCUCAAGUCUUUUAAAUUUUACAAGUCCACCGAAACUCCUACGGGCUUAGAUGAAAUCAAAACAGGUCACUUGAACAGACGUACCCCUUGGUGGGAUGGAAGUGCAAUUUAUGGAAACAACGCAGAUGAUUUAAAGAAAGUAAGAACAUUUAUAGACGGAAAAUUGAAACUAUCAGAAAAUGGACUCAUCCAACAAGAUGAAAAUGGAAAAAUCAUCUCUGGUGAUGUUCGCAAUACUUGGGCUGGACUUUUGACACUCUAUGCUCUCUUUGUUCAAGAGCACAAUGCUGUUUGUGAUGCCUUGAAGAAAGAAUAUCCAGAGUUGAAGGACGAAGACCUGUAUCGUCAUGCUAGGCUGGUGACUUCUGCUGUCAUUGCAAAAGUUCACACCAUAGAUUGGACUGUCGAGCUUCUCAAAACUGACACCUUGCUCGCCGGAAUGCGUAUCUCUUGGUAUGGAUUGCUAGGGAAAAAGUUUAAGGAUACAUUUGGACACAUUGGAGGAGAUUUUUGGUUGAGUGGUUUUGUUGGAAUGAAGAAACCUAGAAACCAUGGCGUGCCUUACUCUUUAACGGAGGAAUUUUCGAGUGUCUAUCGUUUGCAUCAACUCGUACCUGAUACUCUUCAGCUGAGAAAUAUAGAUGCAACACCUGCACCAAACAAGUCUCUCCCUUUGAUUAAUGAGAUCCCAAUGGAAGAUUUAAUUGGAGGUAAAGGAGCGGAGAAAUUAUCUAAAAUCGGGUUUCUUAAUCAAAUGGUUUCAAUGGGGCAUCAAUCUUGUGGAGCUCUUGAGCUUUGGAAUUAUCCAGUGUGGAUGAGAGAUCUUGUUGCUCAAGAUGUUGAUGGAACUGACAGACCAGAUCAUGUUGACCUUCCAGCUCUCGAAAUUUAUAGGGACAGGGAAAGAAGUGUUGCAAGGUACAACGAAUUUCGAAGAAGGAUAUUUCAAAUUCCCAUCACUAAAUGGGAAGAUUUGAGCGAUGAUAAGGAAGUUAUUGAAACACUUGUUGAAGUAUAUGGUGAUAAUAAUGUAGAAGAAUUGGAUUUGUUAGUCGGAAUCAUGGCGGAGAAAAAGAUCAAGGGCUUUGUUAUUUCUGAAACUGCUUUUUUCAUAUUCCUUUUCAUGGCAGGAAGGAGGCUAGAGGGAGAUAGAUUUUUCACAAGCAAUUACAACGAGGAGACAUACACAAAAAGAGGAUUGGAAUGGGUGAAUACUACUGAAAGUUUGAAAGAUGUGUUAGAUCGUCAUUACCCAAAAAUGACUGAAAAAUGGAUGAAUUCCAGUAGCGCAUUCUCUGUUUGGGACUCUUCUCCACAACCUUACAAUCCUAUUCCACUUUAUUUACGUCUUCCUCACAAGUAGAUCUCUCAUCUAUUGUGAAUGAAGUUUGUAUUGUAUUUAUGGUUCCUUGUUCUAUUUCUAAUAAGCCAGC